AUGUCUACGUUCAUAUUCCCUGGCGACAGCUUAUCUGUAGACCCUACUGUACCUGUUAAACUGGGUCCUGGCAUAUAUUGUGACCCCAAUAGUCAAGAAAUACGACCCGUCAAUGCAGGUAUAUUGCAUGUUUCCACCAAGGGUAAGAGUGGUGUGCAGGCCGCAUAUAUAGACUAUUCCAGUAAGAGAUACAUUCCUUCUGUAAACGAUUUUGUAAUCGGUGUUAUUACGGGGACGUUCUCAGAUAGUUAUAAAGUGUCGUUGCAAAAUUUUUCCUCCAGUGUUUCACUAUCGUAUAUGGCUUUUCCCAAUGCUUCAAAGAAAAACAGGCCAACUUUGCAAGUGGGCGACCUAGUGUAUGCAAGAGUUUGUACGGCGGAAAAGGAACUAGAGGCUGAAAUAGAAUGCUUUGACUCAACUACAGGUCGCGAUGCUGGUUUCGGGCUAUUGGAAGAUGGUAUGAUCAUAGAUGUAAAUUUGAAUUUCGCACGCCAGUUGCUUUUUAACAAUGACUUUCCGUUAUUAAAAGUAUUAGCUGCACAUGCCAAGUUUGAAAUUGCCAUUGGUCUCAAUGGAAAGAUCUGGGUUAAGUGCGAGGAAUUAUCUAACACUUUAGCUUGUUAUAGGACCAUAACGGAGUGUUGUCAAAGAAACGACGCCGCAGCGUUCAAGGAUAUAGCAAAAAAACAAUUCAAAGAGGUACUUACGGUCAAGGAGGAGUAG